UCACUGCUUUUGGAGAAACAAAACCCUCUCUCCCCAAAAACCCAAACCCUUGGCGGCUGCGAGACUCGUUUUCUCUUCUUAUCCUUUUUCUCUUUCUCUCUCUCACUCUCUCUAUAACUCUUUUUUAGGGUUUCUUAACUCUUCGAUUUGGGCCUAAAACCCUAUCUCUAUUAAGAUUCAGAUUCGGUUUGGGGGUUUCUGUUUCUCGAAAUUUUUUGGAAGAAAGAACGAGAUCUCGUUAUUGAUUUUGAUAUGGCAACCGUUGCAAAUCCCGCCGAUCAAACAACAUCUGAGUUGUUGAAGUUAUCAUUAGACACUCAGCCCAAGGCCUUGGAAAUCCCUGAGCCGAACAAGAAGCCUACAGGCAAUCAAUAUGGAACGGUUGAUUCAGGAAAUCAUGCAAAUGGUCAGAUCCCAUCAUAUGAACGGUCUAUAACCCCUGUGUUGCAGGACUUUAUGGAUCCCACCAUGUGCUACCUCCCAAAUGGUUAUCCGUCUACAGCCUAUUAUUAUGGUAGUUAUGAUGGGACUGGUAAUGAUUGGGAGGAUUAUUCUAGAUAUUUGAAUCCGGAGGCAGUCGAUAUGACUUCUGGAGUUUAUGGGGAUAAUGGGUCUCUUCUCUAUCAUCAUGGAUAUGGAUAUGCACCCUAUGGCCCCUAUUCUCCAGCUGGAUCUCCAGUUCCAACCAUGGGAAAUGAUGGUCAGAUGUAUGCGCCUCAACAUUAUCAGUAUCCUCCCUAUUUUCAACCCUUGACUCCAACUAGUGGGCCAUUUACACCUACACCUGCUGUCCAUCCUCAGGGUGAUGUUUCCACCUCUGUAGCUGCUGAUCAAAAGCCUCUCUCUGUGGAAGCAGCUAAUGGAAAUUCUAACGCUGUCUCAAAUGGUGUGAGUGCUAAAGGUCGCACUCCUACUUCUGGUUAUCAGGAUCCCCGAUUUGGUUUUGAUGGAGUACGGUCACCUAUCCCAUGGCUAGAUGCCCCAAUUUUUUCAGAUGGAAAGGCAAGACCUGUGACAAGCACAGCAAUUACAUCCUCAAUAUCUAGCGGAAACAAUGUUUCGGCUUCAAGAAAUCAGACAUACCACCCCAAUUCUCAAUAUAUGGGCUUGCACCAUCCAAGACCAAUGCCUGCCAUGGGAGCCAACCCUGGCUUCAUGAACAGAAUGUAUCCAAACAAGAUAUACGGUCAGUAUGGGAACACUGUUAGAUCAAGUAUGGGAUAUGGAACACAUGGAUAUGAUUCUCGCACAAAUGGUCGAGCUUGGCUAGCUGUUGACAAUAAAUACAAAAAUAGGGGAAGAAAUGGUGGUUACUUUGGCUAUGGCAAUGAGAACACUGAUGGUUUGAAUGAACUGAACAGGGGCCCUAGGGCCAAAGGUGGUAAGAACCAAAAGGUUUUUGCACCAACUGUUUUGGCUGUGAAAGGGCAGAGUUUGCCAGCAAAUGGCACAGAUGAGGAGAAAGAAAAGACUACUAAUGUUCCAGACCGCGAACAAUAUAACAAGGCUGAGUUUCCUGAAGAAUACACUGAUGCCAAAUUUUUUGUCAUCAAGUCUUACAGUGAGGAUGACAUUCAUAAAAGCAUCAAAUAUAGUGUAUGGGCCAGCACACAAAAUGGCAACAAGAAGCUUGAUGCUGCCUACCAAGAGGCUCAGCAGAAAUCUGGUGGCUGUCCUAUUUUCCUUUUGUUCUCAGUUAAUACCAGUGGGCAGUUUGUUGGGCUAGCAGAGAUGAUUGGUCCUGUUGAUUUUAACAAGAGUCUGGAGUAUUGGCAACAAGACAAGUGGAAUGGUUGUUUUCCUCUGAAGUGGCACAUUGUUAAGGAUGUUCCCAACAAUGUAUUGAGGCACAUUACCUUGGAGAAUAAUGAGAACAAACCUGUCACAAACAGUAGGGAUACACAGGAGGUAAUGUUGGAACCAGGGCUGAAGUUGGUCAAAAUUUUUAAGGAAUAUUCCAGCAAGACAUGCAUUCUGGAUGAUUUUGGUUUCUAUGAGGCUCGGCAGAAGACUAUUUUGGAGAAAAAAGCCAAGCAACAAUACCCUAAGCAGGUAUGGGAAGGGAAGCCAGCUGAUGAGAAGAUUGAGGUGAAUGGGGAAAUCAAUACUCAAAAACCUGAAGUUACCUCGGAGUUGCUAAAGGAGUCUACCCUUGCCGAGAAGGACAAUGGUGACGCCAAACAUUCUGAAAAUGGAGUUGUUGCAAAAACUGGAGAUGCCCCAAAGGGUGCUAAACCAGUUGUAUCUGAGAGUAAGAUCGUGCCCAAUGGGGUUGCCAAUGGUUGCUAAAUUCUACUGUGUUCAAAGAUGGCGGUCAUCAAGUUUAAAGGCGUAUAUUGGUCAAUUAUAUACUACACACAGCAACUUGGUUCCGCCUGAUUGGAUCUGUCUCGCCUUCUCUUGCAGUUUGAAGAAGAUUGGUGAAUAGUGAGAUCUGUCUGUAUAUUGAGAUCGGCUGAGCGGAGGUAGUUAAUAGAAUGGUAGCGCCAACCCCUUAUUGUUGGGUUUUGUUUACAGUCGGUAGCUCCUAACAGGUUUUUUUUUUAAUCCUAGGGUUUUUGGGUUUUAGGGAUUAUGCUUAAGAUGCUCAUAUCUUUUCUUUUUUGUUUGCCUUUUAUCCUUUUCUUAUCUUUUUUGUUUCUUUUACUUGGAUGGUCGUUUCUGUCUUGUAAUUUAAUAUCUACUUUAUUGUGCGGGGUAGUUUACUUUUAUUACCUUCAACAAGGGGUAGAUUCAAGCAAGGUGGAAAUAUUUGAAAUAUAGGUGGCUUUUUAUGCUUUUUUGGUGUCUAGUUUAGUCUGUUUGUUAAUUUACUAUUUGAUGAUUGACUUGCGCAUAGUGAAGAAAGAAUAUUUGUGGACAAUCUUUUAUGUAAUAGGGGUGUUUUCUGGCUAUGAAGUUCACCUUUAUUUAGUUUUUA